AGACUGAACGCGCUGUUUUAAAAUGUGGCGACCUUUGAUUUUGAGUGGAAUUUUUUUUCUGGGGGGUUUUCCCUCUGUUUACAGGGUUAGUGAAAAAGUCUGUAGGUUGUUAAACCUAGUUGAGUUUAUUUUAGUACUAAACUGUUGAAAGUAGCUUGGAGUAAGGGAGUAAUUCCAGUUUUUCUCCUGAUAUCUUUAUAACCCUUAAUAACCUUUUCGGCUCUUGUCCGCCGUGGCGCUGAGAGGCAGGUAAUCACUGCGUGUUUGUUCUAUCCGUUCUGACAUUUCUUGCUGACAUUUAGCGCUGCCGACAGUACCGCGAGCUCGUGCGUUAAUCUGGGGGGAGCGCGCGGAGCCGGAGCGCCGCCGCUGCUGCUGCUGCUGCUUGUUGCUGUGAGUCGAGGGCGGCGCGUGCAGGACCGGAUGGGCAUCUCGCGGGGACUCUAAACUAACCCGGCGCGCGACUCACGGUCUCUUUUUUUUUGUCUGUUUGAUUUUGCGCUCUCCUCUCCUGUCUGAUGCCGCGGAAACGGGGACGAUGCGGGAGGGCACGCGGAGUCGCUCGCGCGGAGCCCGAAGCGCAGCCGUGAGAGCGAGCGCUCGAGCCCAGCCGCUGCGGAUGACCGCGGGCGCGCGCGAGCAGCUUUCGCCUGACUUGCACCGCGCGGGAUGGCGCUGGAGGGGAACGCGAGCUGCGCGGACUGCGUGUCCCAGAGCGCGCGGAACAGCAGCCCGGGCGCCCAGGCGGCGUCCGGCCCCGUGACCGGCACGCUCGCGGGCAUCCUCAUCUUCACCAUCGUGGUGGACAUCGUGGGAAACCUGCUGGUUAUCCUGUCCGUCUGCAGGAACAAGAAGCUGAGGAACGCAGGUAAUAUUUUUGUGGUGAGUCUUUCUGUGGCUGACCUGGUGGUGGCACUGUAUCCGUACCCUUUGGCCCUGCUGGCCAUUUUCCACAAUGGCUGGACGAUGGGUAACUUGCACUGCCAGCUGAGCGGCUUUGUUAUGGGUCUGAGCGUGAUUGGCUCCGUCUUCAACAUCACGGCGAUCGCCAUCAACCGCUACUGCUACAUCUGCCACAGCCUGCGCUACGACCGGCUGUACACACGCAGAAACACCUGCAUCUACCUGACCCUCACCUGGCUGCUGACUGCUGUGGCAACUCUGCCUAACUUCCUAGUAGGCUCGUUGACCUAUGAUCCCCGGGUCUUCUCCUGCACGUUUGCGCAGACAGUCAGCUCUUCAUACACGGUUUGUGUGGUGGUGGUCCACUUUAUGUUUCCAUUGGGUGUGGUUUCCUAUUGCUACUUACGCAUCUGGACCCUGGUGAUCAGAGUGAAGGGCCGGGUACGGGCACGGCCUGGUGCUCGAGCCGCAGAUCUGCGGAACUUUUUAACCAUGUUUGUCGUCUUUGUGCUCUUUGCCGUCUGCUGGGCGCCUCUGAACUUCAUUGGGUUGGCCGUGGCCAUGGACCCAGCCCGAGUGGCCCCCAAUGUCCCAGAGUGGCUCUUUGUUACCAGCUAUUUCAUGGCCUACUUUAACAGCUGCCUGAACGCUGUCGUCUACGGCCUCCUGAAUCAGAACUUUCGCAGAGAGUACAAGCAGAUCCUUUUGGCGCUCUGCACACCAAGAACCCUCUUCUCAGACAGCUCCAAGUACAACACGGAUGCCUACAAGAGCAAGCAGUCGCCAGCAGGGACAAACAACAAUCUGGUGGAGGCUCAUCUGUGAGGGGGCGGGGCGUAAUGUCUAUUAGGGGACAGGCCAGGCAAGCACCAACACAUGAUUAAAAUACUCAAGGGUCACUGAGAGUUCCACAAACCUGGACAAACACAGACCCAGGUAUUGCUCAACUUUGCAGGUGAAGACUACAGGUUUACAUCCCAGUCCAACCAACCAAAAAGUUCGUUUACAAUCAUGCAUGCUAAUCUCAGAUUCUGGGUGGGAUGUCCUGUCUGUGGUGGUUCACACUUUCAAGCAGAAUUGUAGUACCAGGCAAAAGAUUGGACACAGCUUAAUUUAUUUUUUAUUUUUUUAUUUUCUGCAUUGUAGAUUAAUACUGAAGUCAUACAAACUACAAAGUAAAACAUAUGGAAUUAUUUAGUUAACAAAAAUGUGUUAAAUAAACCAGAAUAUGUUUUAUAUUUGAGAUUGUUCAAAGAAGCACCUCUUGCUUAGAUGACAGCUUUGCAUAUCUUGCCAUUUUCUCAGUUAUCUUUAUGAGGUAGAGUCACCUGGAAUGACUUUCAGUUAACAGCUCUGCUGAGCUUGACAUAAGUUAAUUACUUGAAUUUCUUUCCAUCUUUAUGUGUUUGAGAGCAUCAGUUGUAAAGUUGUGAAGAGGUAGAGUUGGUACACAGUGAAUAGCUCUAUUUGAGUAAUGUUCUUAUUUAUAUUAUGGCAAGAACUACUCAACUAAAUAAAGAAUAAAAUACUUUAAGAAAUGAAGGUCAGUCAGUCCAAAAAAAAAAAUUAAGAACUUAUUUUUGAGAAGUAUUCUCAAGUGCGGUCGCAAAGACUAUCAAAAACGUUAUGAUGAAGCUGGCUCUCAUCAGGAAAGCCCCAGGAAAGGAAGACCAAGAGUUACCUCUGUUGCACAGAAUACGUUCAGCAGAGUUCCCAGCAUCAGAAACUACAAGUUAACAGCCCCCCCAGAUAAGAGACACCUAAAUGCUUUACAGAGUAUUUUGGUUGGUUUAACACUUUUAGGUUACUACAUGAUUCCUAAUGUGUUCCCUCAUAGUCUGGAUGACUUCAGUAUUAAUUUCCAAUGUAGUGAAAAAAAUCAUUAUAUAAGGAAGUGUGUCAAAAAUUUUAACUGGUAACAUAUGUUUCCAUCUGGGGGGUCCGCAUCUCACAAAAGUCAAAAACCUACAGUCAUGCAUACCAGUUCAUCUAUCACUAAAAUUAAAAAAGAACUAUACAUCUUACAUCCUAGUGUCUACUGUAUAUCACAUCUCUGAAGCAACAACAAAACUAGCCUUAAUCUUGGAUGCUAGUGUCCUUCACAUCUCAGAAAAUUAAUACUAAAUCUGAGUUUGGCAAAUCUAAAGUAGAUUGUAUCCAGACUGAUUUUUCAUAAUCUUGACAGCCAGAAACUGCAUUAAAUCAUUUUUUGAUAAUCCCAAGCAAACCAAAUUUGAAGUUGGUUUGAAAUGUGAUUACAUCAGAGUUGUACAGACACGUUUCAGUCUGAACAAUCUGGCAACCCAAAUCUGAUUUCAACCCAUCCUUUGCAUCACUCACAAUGCUACACACAAGGACCUCAUUAAAGCCAGAGUGACAAAAGUGCAGGGGUCCAAAAAGAAACUUGUUACCACAGCAACGCAUGCAUAAGCUUGUGAUGUCUAGACAUGCAAAUCUCAUCUGAUCAGAGGACAGUCAUUGCAACAAACCUGUUUUAGGGAACAAUUCCAAUUUGCCUGCAGUCCGAUCAUAGUCUUAGUGUCUAAAUUUUAAAACAAUCAUAUUGCAUCUACAUCAUAGCAAUGUCCUUAAACAAUGUCCUUAAAUUCACAUACGUCAUAAAGGUAAAUGUUUGCAUCACAAGUUCCACAAGUAACCGAAACAGUAGCCUACAGUUAGACUUGCUAUUAUAUUAGUAUUCAUACUUACACUCACUCUAGUCUGUACGGUUACGGUUUCCCAGACCCACUUCAAGGCCAGUCAAGGGCAUAGAGAUUUUCAGUUCAAUUUAGUUGACUAAAGAAGAAUCUUAGUUUUGAAAGCCAGAAUCUCAAGAGCACUGCACAGUUAAGCAUGGAAUUACAACCUAAUUCCACAUGGUAAUGAGAGUUUGAGCUGAUUUAUGUGUCGAAGGCAAACACUGAACUGUGCUCCCCAAGCUGCCGACUGACAGCUGACAGUGCUUAAAGUUGUGUUUUUUUCAUGAGAAUAUUAAGGCUAGUGCAGGUCACAGCUUGGAAAUGCACCCACAUGUAUAAGCUGUGAGGUGUUAUCUUGUGAGAGAGGUCGAACACUAGCCAUUGUGCUCAUGGCAAGGUGAUGUAAAUGAUCGAGCAAGGCCUUAUAGCGGGUGACAGUGUCACAUGCGUAUUGAAAAGACAUUAUAGAAAGCAUUAUCUCCCACUGUGGACAGCACAACAGAAUGGACAGAAUUGGCUCCACACAUAUCCUUCAGAUCAAUGCAAUAUUCUUUAUCUUCCAUAGUUCAUGCCAAUAUAUACAAUAAACCAUACCGCACAAUAGUAAUUCUAUUUCCAUGACAUAUGCCAUCCCAGUGUAAGUGGACCAUGCUGCUCAUCCACUUAGUCUGGAAAACUGGCAAUCUGGUUCCUGGGGGAUUUAAUGUUGUUUUUUUCUGCCCAUGACCUCAUCCAUAUCUAAAUAUGAUCUAUAUCCUCAGUAAAGCUGAUUUAUGCUUCUGCAGAUAUGAAUUAAACAUGCAUUAAACAUAUUUGUGUGGAGAUGCAGAGAAGGGUUUAUGGGUAACUGUAUUUUGCAGAGCAGCUGAUGUGCUCCUAAA